AUGUCUCCAGGAGUAGAGUCCAAAGGCGAGAGUGCAGCCAAUGGCGCACAAAAUGGCAAUUACACCAAUAGCACACAGGAAAAUGGCCAUCACGCCCAAGGGAAGGAUGCUUCGACAAAAGCUGCGCAGCCUGCGCACGCUCAAACGCCCGGACAGAAGAAAACCUCAUCAAUUGGAACUUUAAUGCAGCUACGAAAGGCAUCACAGCGCCCUCUCCCUACCGAGAGGCGCGAUGGCACGUAUCGAACCACACUUAGGCGACCGGGAAUCAUGCAGGACCUCAAGUCAUUUGGAAUGGGUGACCUCAAGACUCUUAGGGACAUCGUCUCCGCCAAAUUGAAGGGUCAGACUCUUCAAGACGACAAGACUAUGAUUAUGGAACGCACUAUUCAGUUAGUCGCUACGAUGCCGGAUAAGUCGAAGAGACAAGAGAUUCUCACCAACUCAUUCAUUGAUCAAUUGUGGAACUCACUCGAUCACCCGCCACUGUUGUAUAUGGGCGACGAGUACAAGUAUCGCCAACCCGAUGGAGCUAAUAAUAAUCCAUUGAUGCCAAAGCUGGGAGCGGCUAGAACACCAUACUCGCGCACUUGUAAACCAGGCCCGGCCAACAUGGGAGCGCUGCCAGACCCAGAAGCUAUUUAUGAGGCGGUCAUGGCUAGAGAUGGAUUCAAGAAGAAUCCAAACAACGUAUCUAGCAUUCUGUGGUAUUGGGCGACCAUUGUUAUUCACGACUUGUUCUGGACCAAUGCAAAGGACCCCAACCAAAAUGACUCUUCAUCAUAUCUGGAUCUAUCUCCAUUAUACGGAAAUAGCAAAGAAGCUUGCGACUCGAUUAGAACUUUCAAGGAGGGCAAAAUUAAGCCAGAUACAUUCGCUGAUCGGCGACUGAUUGGCAAUCCGCCCGGAGUCUGUAUCCUACUCGUCAUGUUCAACCGCUUCCACAACCACGUUGUGACAACCUUGGCUGCCAUUAAUGAAGGCAACAGAUUCGCAAAGCCGGCGCCCAGCUUGGAAGGCGACGCCCUUGCAGCAGCUUGGAAAAAGUAUGACGAGGACUUGUUCCAGACAGCCCGUCUAGUCACUUCGGGCCUCUACAUCAACAUCACGCUAGUAGACUAUGUACGCAACAUUAUUAACCUCAACCGAGUUGAUAGCCAAUGGACACUGGAUCCGCGACAAGAGAUGGGGGUUGCCAAAGGCACUUCCAAAGGCUCGGAAAGUGGCGUCGGGAAUGUCGUCUCGGCCGAGUUCAACCUUUGCUACCGCUGGCACUCUUGCAUUUCCGAGAUGGACGACAAAUGGAUCCAAGACUUUUAUGCCCAGCUUUUGGGUGACAAUCCCGGCGAGUUGAAUCUACAAACUCUGAUUAAAGCUGUCAAAAGAUUUGAGAUGUCUAUUCCAGAAGAUCCUGCGGAGCGUACCUUUGGAGGGUUCACCCGUGGUGCUGAUGGAUGCUUCAACGAUGACGAGCUGGUCAAUGCCAUCUCUACAGCGAUUGAACAACCUGGUGGUGCCUUUGGAGCACAGAAUGUGCCUCGCACCAUGAAGCCGGUUGAGAUGUUGGGUAUCAUUCGUGGCCGCAAGUGGAAUCUCUCGGGUCUGAAUGAGUUCCGCAAGCACUUUGGACUGAAGCCAUACGACACAUUUGAAGAGAUUAAUUCCGACCCUGGUGUUGCGGAUGCUCUUCGAAAUCUGUACCAGCACCCCGACCAUGUUGAAUUGUACCCGGGUAUCGUGGCUGAAGAAGGCAAGACUCCCAUGGUUCCUGGUGUGGGAAUUGCUCCCACCUAUACCAUCUCCAGAGUGGUGCUUUCUGAUGCUGUCUCUCUGGUCCGUGGAGACAGACACUAUACAACAGACUAUCAUCCUGGCUACUUGACCCAAUGGGGAUUCAAUGAGGCAAACUACGACUUUGACAUCAACCAUGGGUGCGUUUUCUACAAGCUGUUCAUUCGUGCGUUCCCCAACCACUUCAGAUACAAUUCGGUCUACGCACACUAUCCAAUGGUCACGCCACCUGAGAACCGCAAAAUUCUCACAAAUAUCAAGCGCGUGGAUCGCUUCGACUUUAGCAGACCUACGCACACCGGUCCUCGAAUAAACAUUACCUCAUACGGUGCGGCCAAGCACAUCCUCACAAACCAGGACAAAUACAAGGUUGUAUAUGAGGAGGGCUUCCGAUACCUAUUCGGGUCAGUUGGCAGCAAGUUUAUGCUCUCUGGCGAUGAGCCUGCUCACGCAGAGCAGCGUAAGCUUAUGCAAUCCCUGUUGUACAAAGAUGGUUGGAAGGCAUCUAUGAAGAAUUUCUAUGCCUCGAUUGCAAAGAGACUUUUUGCUGAGAAGUCUUACAAGAUUGCUGGCAAGACACAAGUCGACCUCAUUCGUGAUAUUGGCAACCGAGCUCACACGCACUUUGCUGCAAGAUUGCUCAACCUGCCACUGAAGUCGAGCGAGAACCCCAAGGGCGUCUUUUCAGAGCAAGAGCUGUACAAUAUUCUAGCAAUCAUUUUUGUUUGCACCUUUUCUGACAUUGACCCUGUCGAAUCGUUCGCUGUGCGACAGAAGGCCAAGGAAUUGACUCAACAACUGGGUCAGGUUGUUGAGACUAAUGUCAAGUUGACCAAGUCUCUGGGACUUCGUGGCCUUUAUACUGGCCCUGCCCCCAAGAAUGAUCUUCUCUCUCAGUAUGGUGUCAAUCUUGUCAAGGCGCUGGCAAAGACAGGACUCAGCGCACACGAUAUUGCAUGGAGUCAGAUUCUACCCCUUGCGGCAGGUAUGGUGCCUAACCAGGCCAUGGUGUUUGCCCAAGCCGUCGAUUGGUACCUCUCUCCAGAAGGCCAAGUACACAUCCCCGAAAUCCAACGCCUGGCGCUCGCCGAACCGAAUGAAGCAAAUGAUGCCCUCCUCCUCGGCUAUGCCAUGGAAGGUGUCCGGCUAGCUGGUGCGUUUGGCACCUACCGCCAGGCUGCUACCGCCGACGCCAUCAAGGAAGACGACGGGCGGGAGAUCCGAAUCGAAGCCGGUGACCGUAUCUUUGUGUCGCUCGUCUCGGCGGCCCGUGAGGAAGCCUACUUCCCUGAAGCAAGUACCGUCAACCCACGACGACCGAUCGAGUCCUACAUCCACUACGGCGCAGGACCACAUGCGUGCCUGGGCAAGGAGAUCAGCCAGGUGGCAUUGGUAGAAUUGUUCCGCGCACUGUUUAGGAAGAAGGGGUUAAAGAGAGUUCCUGGCGCGCUCGGCGAGCUGAAGAAGGUUCCUGGACCGGAUGGCUUCUUCGUAUACAUGACGGAGGAUUGGGGCGGCGUCUCGCCAUUCCCCACGAGUAUGAAGAUAACUUGGGAUAAUGAGUAG